GAAGGAAGUGACGGCUCAUGUGUAUCUGUAUUGUUAUGUAAAGGUAGCCAAAUACCAUUUCGCGCUUCGAAAUGUCUUGCCAAGAUCACUUUGGUUCUAGGGCACGCGAGCAGCAAGCCCGUUCGAUUUGCAUCCGCCCGUGACAGAGCAUCAACACAUACACAUCUACAUACAUACACAUUGUUGGCUCAUCUCGGUACGGAACCCCAGUCACUACGCCUCGAUACCCGCCCGCGUACCCAGAUGAGAGAGCUGGGGGGCGGGUGAUUUGGGACAAGUUGCCCUAGACACAAUACAUACACAGAAAAAAGGGGGAGAAGGGGGCUCACCCUGAGGGACGGCCCAUUGCAUUGUCUUCCUGGACAAAGCCAGGGGCAUGGAUAUAUAUAUAUAUAUCCAUGCAUACAUACACAUUAUGGCUACCUCUAUCAGGCGAUGGGCCAGCUAAACGACAAAGCUUGGCCUGGUUAAUGCUUUGUUUGUCGAGGAAACUACCUCCCGAAGAUCGAAUCCAGCCGCUCGUGCCUUCCAAACUUCCGGCAUGCGUCUACGUACUCGUACUCGUCCUGACGCCGGCCUUGGCCUGGCAGGCCGCGGCUCGGUCCGGGAACAGCAUCGCCCGGCCCUCGCCAUCUCUCUUCCUUUCCCUCGACGGUCUGAGGCCCGAUUCUCUCUCUGCAUGCUUCGCAGUCAGGCGCUUAUCUACGACGUCCUACUUACCUAGCAGCCCGCCUGCCGACCGGCCCAGUCCGGGCCCGAGGAGCGUCAAGAUGGUGCGCUGGGGCCGAGGUCUGAUGCAGUUGGACCGCGACUACGCGGUCGCCCAGGAGCUGCCCGGGAUGCUCGGCUGCGACCUCCACCCCGACGCGGCCAACGUCGAAGGCACGGCCCGGCAGCUGAACGACGGCCGCCUGUCUCUGUGCUUCGACAGGGUCCUCAACGAAGCCUUCCGGUCGCGCGCCGGCCACGGGCGGGGGCGCGUCAUUAUAAUCCUUGGAAUCCUCGCCAUGGUGGCCGGGGCCAGGAUCGGGGAGCGCCACUUGAUGGCGCUUCGGGUGCUGCGGCCCUGGCUGCCCACCGUGGAGCAGCAGUUGCAGGUAGUCGCCGCCCUCGACGGAUACAAGAACGACGGGACGCGCUGGAGGUUGGGGAGCAAGAAUUACGAUUGGACGUGGGCCUCGGCCUUGCUGGGGGAGAUGGACUUCGACCUCGGCGACGAGGUCUGGUUCAGCGGCUUGGGGUGGGUUGGGAGAGAAGCAUCUCACGAGUUGUGGCCCCCGUCCGGCCCCGAGCGGCUCCGGUAGCUGACGAUGAUCUAUCCCGAGGGGCAGACACUCGGAGGACGAGGAUCCCACGGCGGAGACCACCAGCCACGUCUGCUUCAGCUGCGGAGAGAAGGCGCCUUUCCUUCGACGCUGCGGACGCUGCAAAAUGGCUCGUUACUGCAGCUGGACCUGCCAGCGGGGGGGUUAAUUCCUAACAAUACCUCGCAGC